AGGGAGAGCCAAUGAUGCGCCAGGCUCCCCGUGAGGCGGAGCUUAUCCGCAGCCUGCCUAACGCGGGUGGGCCAAUCACUAUCCUGCUCUGGAUAUGGGGCGGGGCAAGCCUUACCAUUUCCAGAGCAAGCACACGCCCCCGGGUGAUGUGCGAGCCCAACGAUAGGCCAUGAGGGCCUGGGCGCGCGCGCGGAGAUUGGCUGACGGAGCUUAGAGGCGAGCGGGGAUAGGUUACUGGGCGGGCGGAAGGUUUGAAUGGUCAAACGCCUGCGGCUGUUGAUAGUCUUGCUCAGAGGCUAUAACUUUGGCCUUCUGCGCAGGGAAGACGCAGAGUCCGACGUUGGCCUACCCAGUCGGAAGGCAGAGCUGCAAUCUGGUUAACUGCCUCCUUUCCCCUAGAUUUCCUUUAAUUCUGCUCGAGUCUUCGCCUGUGUCCGAUCCCUAUCCACUUUCCCUCCUCUCGUAGGCAAGCCUCAGACUCCAGGCUUGAGGUCCUAAGGUUGCCUCUCGUCGGUGAAGAAGAUCAGGUUCCAACCUGAAGCCAGGCUGUGAAUCACCCUUCGGGGUUGCCCCUCUUCCAGUGCUGAUCUGCCUGGCUGGAAAGGAUGGAGGAGUUUAGAAAAGUUGAGGGAACUGUGAUGUACCGAUAUAGAUGACGUUUUCCUCCUAGCUAGGUUUUGUUUUUCUCCUGGUGAGAAUUCGAAGACUAUGUCUACGGAACUCUUCUCAUCCACAAGAGAGGAAGGAAGCUCUGGCUCAGGACCCAGUUUUAGGUCUAAUCAAAGGAAAAUGUUAAACCUGCUCCUGGAGAGAGACACUUCCUUUACUGUCUGUCCAGAUGUCCCUAGAACUCCAGUGGGCAAAUUUCUUGGUGAUUCUGCAAACCUAAGCAUUUUGUCUGGAGGAACCCCAAAACGUUGCCUCGAUCUUUCGAAUCUUAGCAGUGUGGAGAUAACUGCCACUCAGCUUACCAUUUCUGCAGACCUUGAUGAAACUGGUCACCUGGAUUCUUCAGGACUUCAGGAAGUGCAUUUAGCUGGGAUGAAUCAUCACCAGCACCUAAUGAAAUGUAGCCCAGCACAGCUUCUUUGUAGCACUCCGAAUGGUUUGGACCGUGGCCAUAGAAAGAGAGAUGCAAUGUGUAGUUCAUCUGCAAAUAAAGAAAAUGAAAACAGCACUUUGAAGCCCUUGGAGUGGCAGGCACCCAGGAAUCUGAGGUUUCAAAAGAGACCAGGAAAGCCUUAUGUGUCUCCUCUUUCUCUGCUGGACAAUGGAAACUUGGUGGACAGCGAAAUGAAAUAUCUGGGCAGUCCUAUUACUACUGUUCCAAAAUUGGAUAAAAAUCCAAACCUAGGAGAAGACCAGGCAGAAGAGAUUUCAGAUGAAUUAAUGGAGUUUUCCCUGGAAGAUCAAGAAGCAAAGGUGAGCAGAAGCGGCCUAUAUCGCUCCCCCUCGAUGCCAGAGAACUUGAACAGGCCAAGACUGAAGCAGGUGGAAAAAUUCAAGGACAACACAAUACCAGAUAAAGUUAAAAAAAAGUAUUUUUCUGGCCAAGGAAAGCUCAGGAAGGGCUUACGUUUAAAGAAGACAGUCUCUCUGUGUGACAUUAAUAUCACUCAGAUGCUGGAGGAAGAUUCUAACCAUGGGCACCUGAUUGGUGAUUUUUCCAAGGUAUGUGCGCUGCCAACCGUGUCAGGGAAACACCAAGAUCUGAAGUAUGUCGACCCAGAAACAGUGGCUGCCUUACUGUCGGGGAAGUUCCAGGGUCUGAUUGAGAAGUUUUAUGUCAUUGAUUGUCGCUAUCCAUAUGAGUACCUGGGAGGACACAUCCAGGGAGCCUUAAACUUGUAUAGUCAGGAAGAACUGUUUAACUUCUUUCUGAAGAAGCCCAUUAUCCCUUUGGACACCCAGAAGAGAAUAAUCAUCGUGUUCCACUGUGAAUUCUCCUCAGAGAGGGGCCCCCGAAUGUGCCGCUCUCUGCGUGAAGAGGACAGGUCUCUGAACCAGUAUCCUGCAUUGUACUACCCAGAGCUAUAUAUCCUUAAAGGCGGCUACAGAGACUUCUUUCCAGAAUAUAUGGAGCUGUGUGAACCACAGAGCUACUGCCCCAUGCAUCAUCAGGACCACCAGACUGAGUUGCUGAGGUGUCGAAGCCAGAGCAAAGUGCAGGAAGGGGAGCGGCAGCUGCGGGAGCAAAUUGCCCUUCUGGUGAAGGACGUGAGCCCAUGAUAACAUUCCAGCCACUGGUUGCUAACGAGUCACCAAAAGACAUUGCAGAAACCCUGAGCAGAAAGAGGCCUUCUGGAUGGCCAAACCCAAGAUUAUUAAAAGAUGUCUCUGCAAACCAACAGGCUGCCAACUUGUAUCCAGGCCUGGGAAUGGAUUAGGUUUCAGCAGAGCUGAAAGCUGGUGGCAGAGUCCUGGAGCUGGCUCUAUAAGGCAGCCUUGAGUUGCAUAGGGAUUUGUGUUGAUUCAGGGAACUCUGGCAUUCCUCUUCCCAAGUCCUCAUGUCUUCUCACAAGCCAGCCAACUCUUUCUCUCUGGGCUUCUGGCUAUGCAAGAGCAUUGUCUACCUUCUUUCUUCAUAUUUUCCUUCUUUGUUUCCCCCUCUUUCUUUUUUAAAAAUGGAAAAAUAAACACUACAGAAUGAGAGGUGUGAUUGU